AUGAGCAAAGUUUCCAAACAGAAAGUCGGUUUGAGAUCUGCUCAUUUCAGGACUGUAGAGAGGGAGUCCCGCUUCAUAAAUCCACCAAAGGAUAAAACAGCAUACCCACUACUGAAAGAAGCCGUUGAACCUCACGUAGGCUCUUUCAAUGCACUAACAGAAGGCCCCAAUGGAGGUUUACUAAAUGCAGGUGUUAAAGAUAUACAUGAGAAGGUUAUUUUUGAUGGUAAAGUCGCGACUGAUGAAGAUGCGGUCAAUGACGGCUAUUUAGGUAACAAGCUUGCCAUCAGUGUUGAGCAGGUUUCCAUCUCCAAGCCUACAUCAAACGAUGGCGUUUCAUCUGCUGUUGAAAGAAAAGUUUUUCCAACUGAAGCUAGACAGAGAUUGACCUCUUACAAGGGGAAAUUACUGUUAAAGCUUAAGUGGUCUGUCAACAACGGGGAAGAUGAAUUCAGCGAAGUCAGAGAUUGUGGUGGUUUGCCAGUCAUGCUCCAAAGUAACAGGUGUCAUUUGAAUAAAUUGUCGCCCUACGAUCUGGUUCAACAAAAGGAAGAGUCAGACGAAGUAGGUGGAUACUUUAUUGUGAACGGUAUCGAAAAAUUGAUCAGAAUGCUCAUUGUACAACGUAGAAACCAUCCUAUGGCCAUCAUAAGACCAUCUUUCACCAAUAGAGGUGCGUCGUAUUCUGCCUUUGGUAUCCAAAUUAGGGCUGUAAGGCCUGAUCAAACAUCUCAGACGAAUGUCUUACAUUAUUUAAAUGAUGGUCAGGUCACCUUCAGAUUUUCUUGGAGAAAGAACGAAUACCUGAUCCCCGCCGUUAUGAUCCUGAAAGCUCUUUGCGACACUAGCGACAGGGAGAUUUUUGACGGUAUUGUUGGUUCGGACUUGUCCAAUUCCUUUUUGACUGAUCGUCUCGAAUUGCUAUUGCGUGGUUUCAAGAAGAGGUACCCAACUUUACAGAACCGGACGCAGGUUCUACAAUACCUGGGUGACAAAUUCCGUUUUGUCUUCCAAGCGUCUGCUGAUAAGACUGAUUACGAAGUUGGCCAGGAGGUGCUUAACCGCAUUGUAUUGGUUCACCUUGGUAACGGUAACAAUGAAGACAAAUCAAAGCUUCUACUUUUCAUGAUUAGAAAGCUUUACUCCCUCGUUGCUGGCGAGUGCUCCCCGGAUAAUCCAGAUGCUACUCAACAUCAAGAAGUUUUACUAGGGGGAUUCUUAUACGGGAUGAUAAUCAAAGAAAAAAUUGACGAAUACCUGCAGAAUAUAAUCUCCCAAAUUAGAGCGGACAUAAACAGAGGCAUGGCUAUCAACUUCAAAGAUCGCAAGUACAUGUCAAGAGUUUUGAUGAGAGUAAAUGAGAAUAUUGGUUCCAAAUUGCAAUACUUCUUGUCAACGGGUAAUCUAGUGUCUCAGUCUGGUCUCGAUUUACAACAAGUUUCUGGUUACACUGUUGUUGCUGAAAAAAUUAACUUUUAUCGUUUCAUUUCCCAUUUCAGAAUGGUGCAUAGAGGUUCAUUCUUUGCCCAACUUAAAACUACAACGGUCAGAAAGCUGUUGCCAGAAUCAUGGGGGUUCCUUUGCCCGGUGCAUACGCCGGAUGGUUCUCCAUGUGGUCUUCUAAACCAUUUCGCCCAUAAGUGUAGUAUUUCGACCACACAAUCCGAUGUUACAAAGGUUCCUAGUUUGUUGUACUCCCUAGGUGUCUCUUCAGCAUCUCAUACGUUUGCCGCAGGCCCAUCCUUAUGCUGUGUCCAGUUGGACGGUAGAAUUAUUGGUUGGACGUCACAUGCACAAGGUAAAAUCAUCGCUGACACCUUGAGAUUUUUAAAGGUCGAAGGUAAAACUGAUGGGUUACCAUUGGAUCUAGAAAUUGGUUACGUCCCACCAUCCACCAAGGGUCAAUACCCGGGAUUGUACUUGUUUGCUGGGCAUUCCAGAAUGAUGCGUCCAGUUCGUUACCUUCCUCUAGAUAAGGAGGACAUAGUCGGUCCAUUCGAACAGGUUUACAUGAACAUCGCUGUCACGCAACAAGAGAUCCAAAACAACAUUCAUUCUCAUGUAGAAUUCACCCCAACUAACAUCCUUUCGAUUUUGGCCAACUUGACUCCAUUUUCAGAUUUCAACCAGUCCCCAAGAAAUAUGUACCAGUGUCAAAUGGGUAAGCAAACAAUGGGUACGCCAGGUGUUGCGCUGUGCCACCGUUCCGACAAUAAGCUGUACAGACUCCAAUCGGGUCAGACACCUAUUGUCAAGGCCAACUUAUAUGAUGAUUAUGGUAUGGACAAUUUCCCUAACGGUACCAAUGCUGUUGUGGCGGUCAUUUCGUAUACUGGUUACGAUAUGGACGAUGCCAUGAUUAUCAACAAGUCUGCCGACGAGAGAGGAUUUGGAUACGGUACAAUGUACAAAGUGGAAAAAAUAGAUCUUUCGCUAAACAGAAACCGUGGUGACCCCGUGUCGCAACAUUUCGGUUUCGGUAGUGACGACUGGCCUAAGGAAUGGUUAAACAAAUUGGAUGAUGAUGGGCUUCCCCACAUCGGUACUUACGUUGAGGAGGGUGACCCUAUCUGUGCCUACUUUGAUGAUGUAGUAAACAAGACGAAAAUCAAAACUUAUCAUUCUUCCGAGCCUGGUUAUAUCGAGGAAGUGAACCUGAUCGGGGAUGAAUCCAAUAAAUUCCAAGAGUUGCAAACGGUGAGUAUUAAAUACCGUAUCAGAAGAACCCCUCAAAUUGGUGACAAGUUUUCAUCUCGGCAUGGUCAAAAGGGUGUUUGUUCUAGAAAAUGGCCCACUGUUGAUAUGCCCUUCAGCGAAACCGGUAUUCAACCAGACGUUAUUAUCAACCCUCAUGCUUUCCCAUCUCGUAUGACCAUUGGUAUGUUUGUAGAGUCUCUUGCUGGUAAAGCUGGGGCUUUGCAUGGUAUUGCCCAGGACGCGACUCCAUGGAUAUUCAAUGAGGACGAUACUCCAGCGGAUUACUUUGGGGAGCAACUUGCCAAGGCUGGUUACAACUACCACGGUAACGAACCAAUGUAUUCUGGUGCUACAGGUGAGGAGUUAAGGGUUGACAUUUAUGUUGGUGUGGUUUAUUAUCAAAGAUUGCGUCACAUGGUUAACGAUAAGUUCCAAGUGCGUUCAACAGGUCCUGUGAACAGUCUGACGAUGCAACCGGUUAAAGGUAGAAAGAGACACGGUGGUAUCCGUGUUGGUGAGAUGGAAAGAGACGCCUUGAUUGGUCACGGUACUUCGUUCUUGCUACAGGACCGUCUGUUGAACUGUUCUGAUUACACCCAGACGCCCGUUUGUCGCGAGUGUGGUUCUAUCUUGACCACUCAACAAACAGUUCCAAGGAUUGGUGCGCCUUCCACUGUAUGCUGUCGUCGUUGUGCUGUUAAGUUUGAUGAUGCUAAAAAAAUGCUAUCUCAAUAUGGUGGGGAGGAGACUAUUUUCAUCGACGAUUCCCAGAUAUGGGAGGACGGUCAAGGCCAUAAAUUUGUUGGGGGUAAUAACACCACGACGAUUGCUGUGCCGUUUGUUUUGAAAUAUCUGGACUCAGAGCUGACGGCCAUGGGUAUCAAAUUACGCUACAACGUUGAACCAAAAUAA